AUGGCGCACUUCAGCGGCAGAGACAGGGCGAGGGAUGACUCCCGGCCGUCCACACCUCCGGGUCCGUCGAGGACACAUGGCACAGGCGCUGGUAUGCGCGCGCUGGAUACUCGCCACAAGCAACCGGAGACCUUCUUCGACGACGAGACCCCGGUAGACAACAGGCGGAGCGGGACGAGCCAGCAGGAUGCGUUGAGAGACUCGCACGACUUGUCCUUUGCCGACCGCACGCGGGAUUCUGUCGUGGAUAACAUGCUGCUUUCGCUCGACCAGCUCCCUCUGUCCUCGUACCCAGCAGCGCUGUACUCCACGAGCAAUCUUGACGACGACCAGCUAUUCUUCACAGACAAUUCAUACGCUCCCCCGAAAGCCCCUCGCCUUCGCGGUCACACCUACGCCUCAUCCCAUUCUUCCGAUUACGACCUGCAUGCCGAUGAUUCGACAUAUCGGUUCGCCCCACACCACGCACGCGGUCGGAGAAGUAAUAGCAGUAACAAUAUCCCUAAUGCAAUGAGCCGGCGAGAGAGUCUCAGAGGGGCUUGGGCCGAAACCCGGCUACCAAACGAACAAGUACAACAGGCAGGGCACAUGAGAGGCGGAAAGAAGGGCAGCAAGAGCAGUGCCGCUUCGAGCGUUGAUUUUGGGAAGGGAGCUAUGGGAUCUCAACGUGUAGGCCUCGGGCGUCGUUCUAUCAGCUUUGAUCACGGGAAUUUGGGUUCCAAGGCACUGUCAGUGAGGACAGAGUCCACCAUCCGUGAUAGAAGCCGACCGACGUAUCCUGGUUAUCAACCGGACUACGAAGCAGCACCUCAACCGACGAUUCCUGCUGGGCCCAGAAGAGCCCAGGAGCCGCAGUCGCCCGUGACAUAUCCGGCGCAACCUGCGUUUGCACCGGCCCAGGCUCCUGCGCCCCGGCGAAAGAAUAGCGUUCGGUCGGCCGCGAGCUACAGAACGCUUCGCAAAAACAAGAGCCACCAAGAGCCAAACAUGCGGCUCCAGGCUCAGGAAUUUGUCAACGCUGCCAACUUGAGGGAUCUCCCACCGAUUCCGACUUACCACGACCCACCCGCACCGUCGCCAAACGUGGCUACACGGAAACACACGGUCGUGCCUCUUGCUCCCGUUCCCGCGCCGAAAGAGAAACCAGGCUUCUUCCGCCGAGUUUUUGGCAGCGCAUUGCCAAAGUCGGUGCCUCAACUCUCCAAUUCGUCCACUAAUUCCAAUGCUUCAUACAUGGCCGCGUCGCCGGUGUCAUCAACCAAUCGGCCGAAUGAUAUCGACUCGAUGUACUCUAACGGUCGGCCUCGCACCACACCACACGGGUCAAACCACAUUGCAUCACAGUUGAAAUCACCUGCCUCAAGGCCACCACAAACAGCAAGUUCGGCACAAACGCAGACCACGCAGCCAUUACAGCCCACGCUAGCGAAGAAACACUCCUCUUUCUUCAGACGGAGGAAGAAGUCGGUCACCGAGCCGCCCCCGGAACAGCCUCCAAUGCCGGCCCAAUUCCAGACCCCACUGCAAACCCCACAGAAGUUCGAGGAUGUCCAGCCACAGCCAAGCCCUGGCAUUAGCAGCCUGCGUAAGGUUAUGAACCCGUAUCUAGGCGACGUUCCAAGUCCAGUCAAGCAGUAUCAGAACCCUCGACAAUUCUCACCCGACCCCGUUGAUAAGGUAGAAGCAGAGCGCCCGAAUGGUUUCUCACCUGGAUACAAGCCGCAUAAGGAUGCGACUGUACGAAGCGUUAAGCCAGGAUCACGCGACACCAACCCCUCGCCGCCAUCAUCGCGCCAGGAGCAAUUCAAAGAGCAACUCAUGGCGGAGCAUGCAGCCAGUACAAGUAGCCCGAAACUCAAAUUGAAGUUGAAGAACCGUAAGCCAAACGUUGCUACCACCCAGGAGGAUACCUUUCUUGCAGACAGCAGCAGCUGCAACGAUGAUCGCAGCGGCCGUGCAACACCAUCAGACGAGCUCGGCGCGUCUGGCAAUGCGGAUGAAACGCCGAGGCCGACGGGCAGCCCCACUGCAGCCGGAUUCCAACUCCCACCCAAUGCAGUGGGGAAGAAGACCGGUAGUGAGGAAAAGCGCGACAAGCUAUCCAAACCUGAGGCGGACAACGCCAGUGCGCCGGCAUUGUACCAGUCUCGAUUCACGUCCGAGGCCGAGGUGGAGGAGGAUGGGUGGAUUCUCACAGCCGCCGGCAACCAGAAGAAGCGGGCGCCCACGCGAAAGAAGAGCGCAGCUGGGUCGCGGCGUGUGUGGCUUGAGCCCACGUCGUCCGAAGAGAGGUUGGCUGGUGACGAGGAGACCGAAGACCUGGCGCUUCCUUUGGAAGGCGCACGCUCGGCCCAGAAAUCGUUUGAGAAGGAACUGCCUGUCCCUCCGCCAGAACGCGCGCCAGCACACGACCCCGCUCAACCGGAUGCGAGUCUCCCUACUUUGCAAGUACAGACGCAAGAUUCCGAAACCAUGCCUGCCAUCAUCGAGCACCGUGUGCAUGAUGCCGAGCCCAGUGAUGCAGACCGAGAACGCGCUUUCGGUAUCUUCAACGGCGACGACCCAUCCGUGCAAAAGGGCACGGCAGCUGCCGAUCUCGGCGAUGUCACCGCAUCGAGCAUGCGAACGCGGAAGGCGUUCAUGGCGCUGUUCGACUGGACAGGCUUCAACAUCCUGGCCGCCAUGCGAGAUCUCUGCGGCAAGGUUGUGUUGAAAGCAGAAACCCAGCAGAUCGAUCGAAUUCUCAUGAGUCUAUCGGAGCGAUGGUGCGAAUGCAACCCUAGCCACGGCUUCAAGGCAACUGAUGUCGUCCAUACUAUAUGUUACUCGAUCCUCUUGCUCAACACUGAUCUUCACGUCGCCGACAUUGAAGCAAGAAUGACGCGGAGUCAGUUCGUUAAGAACACACUGCCCACUGUCGUCCGUGUUUGCAAAGAUGCACUCAAAGACGCAAACGAAGAAACCCUGCGACCUCAGUCAACCCAGUUCAGGAGAGGAUCUCUGCCGUGGAAUAACCCUUGGAAUAAUGACAGGUCUGAACCCAGCUCUCCGGCUGCCGAAAAUGUAGCAUUUCCUGCAGAUGCUGCUGAGGAGCCCGUAGAAAACAGGAGGGCUCGAAGUCGUCUCUCGCUUCGACCUCCGCAUCGCAGUGGCUCAGAAGGCGUGUUGAUUGACUCUGGUGUUUCCGACGGUAACCUUUUGGUCGGCUCUCCGUAUAAUGGACCAAUGAAGGGGUGGGAGUUGCAUCUUGAAACUGUGCUCAAGGAAUUCUAUGACUCCAUUCGCAAGCAACGGUUACCUUUGCACGGAGCCUCAGCGCUGCAGGUCCACGAGCAACCAUCAACAAAUAACCUUUCGGUCAGUAGCAUGCUUCGCCGCACACCCAGCGUUCUAAGCAAAGCACCAUCCGACAACAUGAGCUACCGUGGACGAUCUCAAACCGAUUUCCGCAGCAUGGGGAAGAGCUGGAACUCCAAGACCCGCUCGCGUCCACGACUAUAUCCGACAUCAACUGUUGCUUCAAGCCGUACAAGCCUGGACGACCAAUCCGUUUGGAGUCCGGCCGGCUCAAGUACAUGGAGCAGGUAUUCGUACGGGAAGACUCAGACAUCCAUGUCGAUGGAAUCGCUUGGCUCCCACUUUGCGCACGGUGACUACCAGCAAGCCAUUGGAUUUGCCAAUGCACUCUCUCAAGCGAUAAUUCGCGAGGAAGGGAUGACCAUUGCCAGUGAUGAAGAAUUUACUCGUGUCGCCCCGCUUCUUGAGGACGAGAUGCUUGAACUCACCGGUGCACCAUGGGCAAAAGAGGGUAUAUUGAAGCACAAGCACCACCUCGAAGCAUUGGACAAGAAGGCAAAAGAUAGAACGUGGAACGAGUGUUUCGCUGUCAUCGAAAAGGGCUAUAUGCGACUCUUUUCCUUCAACAUGAAUGCAAAGUCGAUGCGGCAAAAGAAGUCACGCCCAUCUGCUGGUGGCGUUGUUGGUGGCGGCAAUUGGAUGGACAACGCUGAGGCACUUGACAGCUUCCUUCUGCGACAAACCAUUGCCAGCGCUCUUCCGCCGCCUGGCUACUCGAAGACCCGACCACACGUCUGGGCCUUGUCACUCCCGACUGGAGCUGUGCAUCUGUUCCAGGUUGGCACACCUGAUAUUGUUCGAGAAUUCGUGUCCACCGCCAAUUACUGGUCUGCUAGGCUAUCUAAGGAACCCUUGAUGGGAGGUGUCAGCAACAUCGAAUAUGGCUGGGGUGAAAAUGUCAUCAACACGGCUCUGAUCCGUCCGGAGAGCAACGCAUCGACCCAUGGCCACGUACCUCGUCCUAGUAUGGCGAGUUCAAUGCGCAGCUCCAUGGACCAUGCAACAGGAACAAUCAAAGCGCGUCUACCGGGUGACAAGGUCUCACUCAACGAUUGGAGCCCACCGACCUCGAGCAUGAUGGCCAGCAACCUGAUGGAAGUGGAUCAGCUCCGCGCCUUGACUGACUACGUUAAGAACAUUGAAGACGAGCUAGCUCGCCAUAAUGAAAUGAGGGCGCCUAUGCUUAUUGCAUUCUCUCCUCGCCAUCCUAAUGCCGCAAAGGCCAUGGCCAAUUGGGAACGCAAAUCCUCUUAUCUACUACGGGAGAUCGUAAAGUUCCGCACGUACAUCGACUCGCUCACAGCUGCACAAACCCUAAAGAACAAGAUAUACGCGGAGCGCGAAGCCAGCGAGGAACAACUCGACAGUGUACUCGACGAUACGAACAAGCCGUCGCCGGCUAAAGCUAUUGAUGGUGCGAGCGAAGCCCUCCAAGCUUCUGAGCCCAUCACAACCUGA